AUGAUCUUUGGUGAUUUAGUAUGCUGCGUGCAUUUUGUGGUUCUGUUGCAAAGCUGCAUUGGCGCACUGGUGGCACCACCACCGACGGCCACCAGCGUGCUCGUUGCAGCACCACUCGUACGACAAUCACCGGGCGGAAUUUCAGCCCCGACAAACCGUACCGGCCGGUACACGGAAACGCUGCCCGGAGAGCUGAACGAGUACUGCCGCACAGCACAGGACUGCCGACAGUAUGCUCAUGUUUGUGACACCCGUAAGCAAACGUGCGAUUGUGCCGAAGGAUACCGGCCGGACGAGACGAAUCGAAUGUGUCUCGGAGCCGUAGGUCGUCGAUGUUUGUACGAUAGUCACUGCAUCACGAACGCGUACUGCAAGGGACAAAUGAUCUGUACGUGCAAGCGUGAGUACGGAUUCCUCGCCGACGAUAACUGGUCAUGUCAAGCUUCAACCGCAGUGCAUUCGGUACACAUCACCCGGCCAGUGGUAAUACUACUGCUGCUGACAUCCGGUGUCUCGCUGCUGACCACCACAUGGCAAGGGAACUGA